AUGUUCUCCGUCGUCAUCCCCGGGCGUCCAUGCCAAACGGACAUCGUCGCAAUCGACCCCCAACCAAAUGGCCAAGCCACCAAAUACGCCUUCACAAUCCCCAUGAACCCGCCCUUCAACGACCUAGUCAUCUUCUUCCUCCCCGGCACAGUUCUCCCCCCAGACACUGGCGCCGCAAUCUACGCCCAACUCCCCGACCCAACAACCGGCGCCCCCACCGACUUCCGCUUCAUCGGCGCAUUAGCAAACGAAAAGCCUUCCGGCAUCUUCAAAGUCCAACCGCCUCAAUCUGCAAACAAUACCCGCUCCGAAGAACAAGAAGAAGACGAAAUGCUCGACGAGGGCUCUGCGUCUGCGAAUGGCGUACUAACGCUCGGUAUCUCGAUCGAGCCUGUGCAAAAUAUUGCGCCGCAGCUUGCGGCGCUGGAGAACGAGGUUUCGGCGGGCUCGGCGCAGAAACAGAUUACGACUAAGGUUCUUGCGCAGCGGAUUAUUGGAAGCGCGUUUAAUUUCCUCGCUAGCUUUUCGGAGAAUGAUAAAGGCCGGGAUAUUGUGCCGUUGAAGAGCUUCCGGGAUUGGUGGACUAAGUUUGAGAGGCGGAUUGAUGUGGAUCCUACGUUCUUGGAACGGGGGGAUCCUAAUGCCACUUGA